AACUCAAUUGCUUUCUUCAAUCUUCAUCAAUGGCUGACCGGAGGCUCCCCAAUUUCCUCUUAUCCGUCCGCCUCAAAUAUGUCAAACUCGGCUACCAUUACCUAAUCUCCAACGCCAUGUACCUUCUCUUGCUCCCCUUACUCGCCGCCGCCUCCGCCCAUCUCUCCACCUUCCAACUCCACGACUUACUCCAUCUCUGGAACCACUUGAACUCAAAUCUCCUCUCUGUAACACUCUGUUCUUCUCUCAUGGUUUUUCUGGCUACCCUUUAUGUCAUGACCCGACCCAGAAAGGUUUACCUCCUCAAUUUCGCCUGCUACAAGCCCCACCCGGACAGGACGUGUGACAGAGGCAUGUUUCUGCAGAAAUCAGAGCUCACUGGGAGUUUUACAGAGGAGAAUUUGGGGUUCCAGAAGAAGAUCCUCGAGCGGUCUGGUUUAGGGGAGAAGACUUACUUGCCCGAGGCCGUGAUGAGGGUGCCGCCGAAUCCGUGCAUGGAGGAGGCCAGGAAGGAGGCGGAGGCGGUUAUGUUUGGUGCCAUUGAUGAGCUUUUGGAGAAGACGGGUGUGAAGGCUAAGGACAUUGGGAUUCUGGUGGUGAAUUGUAGCUUGUUUAAUCCCACACCCUCUUUGUCCGCCAUGAUUGUUAAUCACUAUAAGCUUAGAGGUAACAUUUUGAGCUAUAAUCUUGGUGGCAUGGGCUGCAGCGCUGGACUCAUCUCCAUUGAUCUUGCCAAACAUCUCUUGCAGGCGCACCCAAAUUCGUACGCUCUGGUGGUGAGCAUGGAGAACAUCACGCUAAAUUGGUACUUCGGCAACGAUCGAUCCAUGCUGGUAUCAAAUUGCCUCUUCCGGAUGGGCGGCGCCGCCAUCUUGCUCUCUAACCGCCCUGCCGACCGCCGCCGUUCAAAGUACCAACUCAUUCACACCGUACGAACGCACAAGGGCUCUGACGACAAAUGCUACAAUUGCGUUUUCCAGCAAGAAGAUGACACCGGCCGCGUCGGUGUCCGCCUGUCGAAAGACCUAAUGGCUGUGGCUGGCGAAGCCCUAAAGACGAACAUCACCACUCUCGGUCCUUUGGUGCUUCCAAUGUCAGAGCAGCUCCUGUUCUUCGCAACGCUGGUGGCGAAAAAGAUCUUUAAAAUGAAAAUCAAGCCGUACAUCCCGGAUUUCAAGCUGGCGUUCGAGCAUUUCUGCAUCCACGCCGGAGGGCGGGCGGUGCUGGAUGAACUGGAGAAGAAUCUGGAUUUGAGCGAGUGGCAUAUGGAGCCGUCGAGAAUGACGCUGAAUAGAUUCGGGAACACUUCGAGCAGUUCGCUGUGGUACGAGUUGGCUUACUGUGAAGCGAAGGGGAGGAUCCGGAAAGGGGAUCGGACGUGGCAGAUCGCAUUCGGGUCGGGUUUCAAGUGCAACAGCGCGGUUUGGCGGGCGUUGAGGACCGUCGAUCCCUCCAAGGAGAAGAACCCUUGGAUGGAUGAGAUUCACGAGUUCCCAGUGGAGGUGCCCAGAGUGGCCCACAUCCAUAAAGCUUGAAAAACAAGAACAAAUUCUUUUCUUUUCUUUUAAAUUUUAAAUUUAAUGUAUUUUAUUUCCGGAUGACUUUGUGUCUUUUCUUGUAACCUUCUCAAAUACCCAUUGUUCAUAUUGGAUGCCAUUAGUUGUUCUAC